AUGGCUGACGCAGAGCUGGAAGAGCUCAGACGGGCCCGUCUUGCACAACUACAACAACAGGGUGGCCCCCGAGGAGCUGGUGGAGAGGGUCAAGAGGAACAAAGAAAACAAGCUGAAGCAACCUACUCACCCUUGACCGACUCGCCAGCCGAACGUCGCUCUGCCAUCCUGAGCCAAAUCCUCGAGCCCGAAGCCGCCGAUCGUUUAGGUCGGAUUCGCCUCGUCAAAGAAUCGCGCGCCUUGGACGUCGAAAAUAGACUUAUCAUGCUGGCACAGACGGGUCAGAUCCGUCAGAAGGUCACCGAAGAUCAGCUGAAGGACUUAUUGAAUGCGAUUGCGGAGAACCAACGGAAGGACGAGCAGGAGAAGAUCGUUUUCACUCGACGGAAAGGCGGCUGGGACGACGAUGAUGACCUGCUGGACUUGUAA